CUGAUCUUAUUUAUAAGAAAUACGGUAUUCUAGAAAAAGUUGGCACUUUUUAAGAACUAUAGUGACAAUUACUCAGGAAUGUUAACAGUGUUGAUAUAUUCAGAUUAAUUUCUAAGUACUAUUUAAUUAUGCACACUUUUUCUAGUGCAAUAUGGUGGUACGGAAAUACUUGUAUAACAAUUAUUUAAUUUUUAUGCAGCUUUCUAAUUUUUAUGUGAUUUUUUCAUAAGAGUGUAGCUAAAACAAUUGUUUGAUGACCAGUGUUAGAAGAAAUAACAAAAGUGUGUGUUAAAUUAAUUUCAGUCAAAAUGGUAAAGUUUACAAAGAGGCAGUGGUUAACGUUAAUAGUUAUAAGUAUCGCCGAUUUUUGUAAUGCCAUAUGCGUUUCCCUUCAAGCUCCUUUUUACCCACAAGAAGCUGAAAAAAAAGGAUGUUCUGCAACAGAAUAUGGUUUAGUUUUCGGAAUCUUCGAAUUUGUAGUAUUUUUAAUUAGUCCAAUAUAUGGACAACAUCUUAAUAAAAUAGGACCUAAAAUUACUUUUAAUGGAGGAAUAUACACUACUGGAGUAUGUGCCAUUUUGUUUGGUCUCCUGGACAAGGUAGAAGGCCAUUAUCCUUUUAUAAUUUUAAGUUUUGUAAUAAGAAUCGUAGAAGCAUUAGGAAAUGCAGCAUUUUUGACUGCAAGUUUUGCUAUAAUUGCAAAAGAAUUUCCCGACAAUGUGGCAACAACUUUUGCAUCUCUAGAAACAUUUUUCGGUUUGGGGCUAAUAGUUGGACCAACUGUUGGUGGAGCUCUUUAUGAAGUUGGAAGGUAUACACUGCCUUUCGCAGUUAUGGGCUCUGCCUUGUUUAUGUCUGCUAUCUUAACAGCUAUAGUUUUACCAAAACAUGAAGCCGGUACAGACAGAGAAGCUGGACCGUCAAUAUUCAAAGCUCUCAAGAUUCCAGGAGUGAUGUUAGCUGCGGCUAGCAUUAUAGUGACAAGUAUUUCCAUCGGGUUUCUUCAAGCCACAUUCGAACCUCAUCUUCGGCCCCUUAAUUUAACAGGCAUUGAAUUGGGGCUUAUGUUUGUAGUAAAUGGAGGAACGUACGCGAUUAUAGCUCCAGGAUUUGGAUGGCUGUGUGAUCGGUUCUAUAAUCCAAAAAUUGUUACAAUUGUAGGAACAAUACUUGUCGCUGCAGGAUUCAUGUUAAUUGGUCCCGCACCUUUUAUACCUGUACCAACGAUAUUAUGGUUGACCAUUUGUGGAUUGGUUUUGCACGGUUUAGGCAUGGCAGCGCAGUUAGUUGCUUCCUUCACAGAUGCUUUAAGGACAAGUGUAGCUCAUGGUUUUCCUAACAAUUUAGAAACGUUUGGCUUAAUAUCUGGAUUAUGGACAAGUACCUUUGCUUUAGGGGCAUUUAUUGGACCUUCAAUUAGUGGUAUUCUAUACGAUAGUAUAGGCUUUAGAAACGCUUCAAUAUUUAUAAUGGCAAUUCAUCUUUUUGUUGGAUUUGCAGUCACAAUAUUUAUUUGCUUUUCAAAAACUCAUCCAGCAUAUGUUGAAAUUAAAGAAGAUAAAUUGGCAAGUGGAGACACCAGCCUUUAUAUAAAGUCGCAAAGUCAGAGCAGUACUACGGAGAGUAUGAAGAGCAUAAGAUCCGUCGGUAAUGGAAUAUCAAUUGAAAAAAGCCGUCCUCCUGGUAUGAACAGUUUAAUAGCAUGUAAUAGCUACAAAAGCCAAGCGUGGCCGAAGAGAGAUGCGUCUAGUCUCAAUUUAGCACCAUACAGUUACAGUUAUGGAGCCACAGAUCAACGGAAUGGCAUUACAUCUACUUCAUAUUUGCAAGGGGUGGCUUAGUUUUCCGUGAAACAAAUAUGUAGUAUUGAUAUUAAAUUUUCGUUGAAAUACAACAAUUUUGUCGUACAAUUUUUUUAAGAUUAUUAUUUGAUAUGUAGGUACUUGACUAAUAAAUAUUUUUUAUAGUU